CAUCAAGAAUCCCCUCCGUAUCUCAAGAAGACUCCAAGACCUCAUAUCUCUCCCCUUAUCUUCAAACGGGACUGCCCCAUCCCCCUCAAUGCUCCCCCGCACCUCCCUCUCCGGCUUCCUCCCCCGCCGCGUAUUCUCCCUUACUGCUACCAGAAUGGCCUCCACCUCCGCAACCCCCGUCGAAGAUCUCAUCCGGGAGAAGAUCACCACCGCCUUCUCCCCCUCCACCCUCAUCAUUCGCAACGAUUCGCAUCUGCACGCACAUCAUAACGCAAUGCGCGGAUCGACUUCUAAAGAGACGCAUUUCCAUGUGACGAUUACCUCUCCCUCGUUUCAGUCGAAGCCCCAGCCCGCGCGCCAUCGUAUGGUCUAUGGUUUGUUGAAGGAGGAGAUGAGUCGCGAGGGUGGGAUCCACGCGCUGCAGUUGCGGACAAAGACGCCGGAGGAGGAGCAAAGGGAGGAGGAGAGGAAGGCGGCCAAGGCUUGAACAGCAUGCAUACUUGAUACAAGAUAAGGAUACGGGAAGAAGGGUUGAUGUUAUUUCUCUCGACUGCGUCUCUGCGAUACCCAUGAAUAAAUGCAUUAUACAGUCGAUGGAGUGCGUUCUGCUUCAACGGCGAGGUUUGGUUUAUUUGAACGCAUACAGUUCGU